ACGCGGGGACCUAGGAUAUCUGAGAGGCGCGCGAUGCUGGCGACGGUGGCGAGGGUCGUGGCUCUGCGGAGAACCGGGCUUCUCUUCCGCCCGGGCGGCGGGAGGGCUUUGUGGACCGGCCGCCCGCAGUCAGAUACUGACAAUAUGAAGCCACUGGAGGGUGUAAAAAUUCUGGAUCUAACAAGAGUAUUGGCGGGACCUUUUGCUACUAUGAAUUUAGGAGAUCUUGGAGCAGAAGUUAUAAAAGUGGAAAGACCAGGAGCUGGUGAUGAUACACGAACUUGGGGGCCACCUUUUGUGGGGACAGAAAGUACUUAUUUUCUCAGUGUUAAUCGAAAUAAAAAAAGUAUAGCUGUUAACAUCAAGGAUCCAAAAGGGGUGAAAAUCAUCAAAGAGCUUGCAGCCGUUUGUGAUGUAUUUGUGGAAAACUACGUCCCUGGCAAACUGUCUGCCGUGGGCCUGGGAUAUGAAGAUAUAGACAAGAUUGCUCCUCACAUCGUCUACUGUUCCAUCACAGGGUAUGGUCAGACAGGUCCACUGUCUCAGCGAGCUGGUUAUGAUGCUGUUGCCUCUGCUGUUUCUGGUCUGAUGCAUAUCACAGGGCCUGAGGAUGGAGAUCCAGUUCGUCCAGGAGUGGCCAUGACUGAUCUCGCUACUGGCCUGUAUGCAUAUGGAGCCAUUAUGGCUGGACUGAUACAAAGAUAUAAAACGGGGAAAGGACUGUUCAUUGAUUGUAACCUGCUGUCAUCUCAGGUGGCAUGUUUGACCCAGGUAGCUGCUAAUUAUCUUAUUGGCCAAAAGGAAGCAAAACGUUGGGGCACAGCUCACGGCAGUAUUGUUCCUUACCAGGCUUUUAAAACCAAGGAUGGAUAUCUUGUGGUUGGAGCAGGAAAUAACCAACAGUUUGCUACUGUGUGCAAGAUCUUGAAUUUGCCUGAACUGAUUGAUGACUUCAAGUAUAAAACUAACCACCUUCGUGUACAGAAUAGAAAAGAGCUUAUCAAAAUACUCUCUGCACGGUUUGAAAAAGAAAUGACCAGCACGUGGUUAUACCUCUUUGAAGGCAGCGGGGUUGCGUAUGGCCCAAUCAACGACAUGAAGAACGUAUUUGCAGAACCCCAGGUGUUACACAAUGGCCUCAUUAUGGAGAUGAAGCAUCCAACCGUGGGGAAGAUAUCAGUGCCAGGCCCAGCUGUGAGAUACAGUAAGUUCAAGAUGUCAGAGGCCAGGCCACCCCCCCUGCUCGGGCAGCACACAACGCACAUCCUGAGGGAGGUCCUCGGAUACAAUGACAAGGCCAUUGGGGAGCUGUUCAGCGCUGGAGUGGUGACCCAACACAAAGCCGAAUGAUCAGAAAUGCUCUUUCUCAACACCACAACCUGAAUGUACUUUGCUAGCAAAGGCAAUCUUCUUUCUGGACCCUUUUCCCCAGUUCUGGUGCCUGCCUCUGCAAAGAAAAGUUAGAGUAAUUCCAGAUUUCCUGCCUGGCGCCUCCAGAAUGUUCUGGUAUCAAUGCAUCUAGUGCUUUCUAAAUGUGCCCCACCUUCUACUCCUUGCCAUUCUCCCCCCACCCCAGAUAAUAGAUUAAUUGUG